GCGCCGCCCAUCUCUCCUCUCGUCUCCUCUCCCGCGACCCCUGCCGCCACCUCCCUCACCCUCUCCGGCGACUGAGCGCCGCGUCGGACGCCCCCUAUUCCUCCCCUUCUCCCCCGCCGCCAGUCAGCUCGUCGUCUCCCUGUUCGGCACCACCAAGCACCAACGACACCCAGACCGGCCCCGUCCCAGGUCGCCGCCACCAAGCACCGCCGACGUCGCCCUAGGAUCAGCCCCACAACAGCUCACCGCCGUCAAGCACCACCGGCGCCAUCCCAGCUCUCCCCGCCCCAGAUCGCUCCACUCUUGCUGCCGAUUUCACUGCAGGAUACGCCUCGUCAUUUGCAAAAUGCCCCCUUUUGAUUUUGUCGAAACAAAGCUUUACAACAAAUAGGCGGAACGAGGAGGGCCCACCAGUGAAGGCCAGGCCCACGGGGGUAUAGUCGGCGGCCCGGUCCAUCAAAGCAGCACGCAGAGGCCACCAAGAAGAAGAGCACGGAUUGACAUUGACGACUGCUCGCUCGGCUCGGCUCGGCCUCAUUCCACAACAGGAGGCCAAGAAGAGAUCCUCCUCCAAGCAUCCGUCGCCGGCCGGCGAUGUCUUCCAGCAGGUUCUCGCCGGCGCUGCAGGCGUCGGACCUCAACGACUUCAUCGCCCCCUCGCAGGACUGCAUCGUCUCCCUCAACAAGAACUCCGCCGCCAGCCGCCUCCCGAUUAAAAAAAAGCAAGUUGUGGUGAGUACAAAACCUCCAGAAGAAUCGGUCAAGAUUUCUCUCAAGGACUGUUUAGCUUGCAGUGGUUGCAUAACAUCAGCAGAGACAGUUAUGCUUGAGAAGCAAAGCUUGGAUGACUUCGUUACUCGCAUCAACUCUGGCAAAACCGUCAUCGUAUCUGUGUCUCCCCAGUCAAGAGCAUCAUUAGCUGCAUUCUUUGGUCUUUCUCAGUCACAGGUUUUCAGAAAACUAACUGCUCUGUUCAAGUCGAUGGGCGUGAAGGCAGUGUAUGACACAAGUAGUAGUCGAGAUCUGGCCCUAAUUGAAGCAUGCAAUGAAUUUAUUUCACGCUAUAAGCUGAGUCAAUUGUCUAGCGACAAAGAAGUUGGAACAAGUCUUCCUGUGCUUUCAUCUGCAUGUCCAGGUUGGAUAUGCUAUGCUGAAAAGACUCUUGGUUCAUAUAUCUUGCCCUACAUCUCAUCUGUAAAGAGUCCCCAACAAGUGAUUGGUGCAGCUAUCAAGCAUCACAUGGUUGAAAAACUUGGUCUCAAGCCGUAUGAUGUGUAUCAUGUUACUGUGAUGCCCUGUUAUGAUAAAAAACUUGAAGCUGUCCGGGGCGACUUUGUUUUCUCAGUGGAAGAAAAGGAAGUUACAGAGGUGGACUCGGUAUUGACAACUGGUGAAGUGUUGGACUUGAUACAGUCCAAAUCUGUUGAUUUCAAGACAAUGGAGGAAUCUCCUUUGGACAGAUUAUUAACAAAUGUUGAUGAUGGCGGUCAUCUAUAUGGGGUUUCUGGUGGCUCGGGUGGUUAUGCGGAAACCAUCUUUCGUUAUGCAGCACGUGCGCUCUUUAAUAGGGAAAUAGAAGGCCCACUUGAUUUCAAAAUCUUGCGAAAUUCAGAUUUCCGUGAAGUUACACUGGAGGUGGAGGGAAGACCUGUUUUGAAGUUUGCCCUUUGUUACGGGUUCAGAAACCUACAGAACAUUGUUAGGAAGGUUAAGAUGGGAAAAUGUGAAUACCAAUUUAUUGAAGUUAUGGCUUGCCCUUCAGGUUGUCUGAACGGGGGAGGUCAAAUAAAACCUGCUAAAGGCCAAUCUCCCAAGGAUCUCAUCCAACAACUAGAGGGUGUGUACAUGCAAGAUGUAUCAGUAUCCAAUCCCUUUGAUAACCCGAUUGCGAAAAGGUUAUACGACGAUUGGCUCGUGCAACCUGGUUCAGACAACGCGAAGAGGUACUUGCACACACAGUAUCACCCCGUGGUGAAAAGCGUGACUUCGCAGCUGCAGAACUGGUGAUGCUGGCAAAGAUCGGUUCGUCGCGUCGAGAAUUCAUUAAUCAUAUGGUCUCCUAAGAAACCAAGAGGCAUGCUGCCGAAACAUCGGCAACACUAGAAGACACAAGCAUCAUUGUGAAGGGUGUUUUGCUUGAGGGCGAAAUGAGUUUUGCUAGGCCGUAGGUUUUCCACCUGCUUUUCUUGGUGAUCUUGUGUAAUAUUGCCCCACAGAGAGAUAAACAAACAGUGACAGAUAGUAAAUUGUACUAGUAACAUGUAAAGAUGAACAAAAUAGGCGGUGAUCUUUUUCCCGCCUCAGGAAACAUCUGUUGAUCUCUGAUGAUUU